AUGAGCAGUGUUCGAGGCCCGAACUCGGCUUUGACAGAGUUCCUGCGGUCACAGGGGAUCAAUGCAGGAGAAAUCAGAGACCGGUGGGAAAGGAGACAGCGCGGCGUGGACCCACGGACCGAGGAUGGGUCUGAGAACCGCCCAGAGGCAGUUGCCACUUUGGAUGGCGGGGCUGAUCCCGAGGUCGAAGCGAUUGCCCUAGCGGCCGCGCGAAAGUCUCGAGCAGACGCCGAGGAUUAUGAACAAGAAGGAACUACAAAAUGCGUGUACUGCGGUAGCAGGUUCACCAUCACAGUGUACUCGAAACAGGUCGAUGACGGGUUCGCCUGUCUGUCGUGUGCGGCCAGGAGUAAGCCCGCAAAGCCGAAAAAGACAGCCACUGCGGCUGCUCGGAAGAAGCGCAAGAAGACGGCAGAGUCGCUGCUCGAACAGCAGAACCGGGCCGUGCCUUCGCUGCAAGAUCUCUGUAUUUCCUGCGUAGCCGACUACAUCGACGACGUAGACGAAUUGGGUGAUUUAUCGUCGCAGAACUUUAUCAAAAUCUCGGCUAUUCUUAGCCGUAACAGAAAGCUGACAGCUCGUACUUGCCAGUUGUUUUUCCGCCCAGAAGCAACGACGCUGGAGUUGUGGGACUGCUCCGAGCUGCCCUGUGAGUCUUUCAACCUGAUACCCGCCCUCUGUCCCAAUCUGAAACGGCUAGUUCUUGGAAUGUGUGGGCAGCUUAACAACGAGAAUUUGAAGCGGAUCUCCGAGCUACAGAGUCUUGAGGAAAUUGUCCUCGAUGGCGCCUUCCUUAUCCGCAAAGAAGCCUGGAUUGAGUUUUUUGAAACCAUCGGCUCUCAGCUGAAGAAACUGACGAUAAAGUCCGUGUAUCGUGUUGAUGUUGAGGUUCUGGCAAUGCUCGUGGAGAUGUGUUCAAGUUUAGAGAGUCUGACUCUGGUUCGCCUCAGCCAGCUUUGCGAUACUACACCAUUCUAUUUAUUAGGAAACCUGGCCCAGCUGAAACAUCUGGAGCUCAUAGAACUCGAGCCUGAAGCCCUGGAUGACAAUUGUAUGCUUAAUACCCUCAACAUGGUUGGUUCUCAGCUUGAGUCGCUAACUGUCUCGACUGCGAAUCUCACCGACAAGUUUAUCGACGCUGUGGCUGCAACAUGUGGUAGCCUCACCAGUCUCGAACUUAUCAAUCUGUCUGCAGUCACCGAAGAGGCGGUUACCAACAUGUUUGAGAGCUGGUCAGAGCGGUCGACUCCGGGCCUGCAGACCCUCUCUUUGCAACGGUGUAUUGCCCUAGGGGACAAAGUCAUUGAAGCAUUUCUCAAGCAUUCGCGGACAACUCUAGUCGACCUCAAUGUCAAUUCGUUGCGAUUGCUCAGUGGGAAAUCCAUCAAUUCAUUUGCAUCGCUUCCGAAUCUCACUAAACUGGACGUUGGUUUCGUCGGCUCAGUCGAACCUCAGCACAUUUACAAACUCGCCACCAGCAGGUCCCUCAAACUCGUGCUCGCGUUUGGAAAUAUUCGACUAAGCGAUAUGCCGCUGCCUACCAAUCUAACAGUUGUAGGAACUAUGUAA